CCAAGAUUUCAACUAUUAUUCUUAAAUUUACAUUACAUUACUUAUCCUCUCUCUCUCUCUCUCUAGUUCCUCUUUUCAGCUAGCUUUUGCUUUUUCUUUAUUACCCAAUAAUCUGUAAUGGCUCUUUUCUGCUCCCAAUCUGCUGGUUCAUGCUUAACUAUUCUGUGCCUAGUUCUUGUUCAAUGCCACUCUGCCAUAAUAUACAGCAUGAGGAACCACCACCACAACUUCCACCCUCACAGAACAGCUCCAAUGUUCCAAACCAACCAAUCCAGUUGCGCAUUGUUUGCAGGCAAUUGGGUCCAAGACGACUCCUACCCAAUGUACCAAUCCUCUGAGUGCCCCUUAAUCAUCGACCCAGAAUUCAACUGCCAAAUGUACGGCCGCCCGGACUCCGAUUACCUCAAGUACAGAUGGAGACCCCUCAAUUGUGAGCUCCCAAGGUUCGAUGGGGCUGAGUUUCUGCUCAAAAUGAAAGGGAAAACAGUGAUGUUUGUAGGGGAUUCACUUGGGAAGAAUCAAUGGGAGUCUUUGGUUUGUCUCAUUUACUCCGCAAAUCCACAAACCCAGACUCAAAUGGUCAAAGGAGUUCCACUUUCAACAUUCAGUUUCCUGGACUACGGUGUGACACUGCAAUUUUACAAAGCUCCGUACCUGGUCGACGUAGAAAUUUAUCAAGGGAAGAGAGUUCUGAAGCUUGAGGACAUUUCGGAGAACGGCAAGGCGUGGCGGAAUGCCGACGUUCUGUCGUUUAACACCGGUCAUUGGUGGAGCCACGACGGAGGUCUCCAAGGGUGGGAUUACAUGGAGUCAGGAGGGAAAUAUUACAAAGAUAUGGACCGUUUGGCUGCUUUGGAGAAAGGGAUGAAAACAUGGGCUAAUUGGGUUGAUUCCAACAUCGACACCUCACGGACCCGAGUUUUCUUCCUCUCCAUUUCUCCCACACACUUCGACCCAAAUGAAUGGAAUGGUGGUGCAACUCCUAGAACCACCAAGAAUUGCUAUGGAGAAACAUCACCUAUGAAAACGAGCGGAGUAACUUAUCCCGGGACAACUUAUCCAGACCAAAUGAGAGUGAUGGACAGUGUGAUCCGGGACAUGAGAAAUCCUCCAUCUUUGCUGGACAUCACAAUGCUUUCAGAGCUGAGAAAAGACGGGCACCCAUCAAUCUACAGUGGAGAAUUAAGCCCUCAGCAGAGAGCCAAUCCUGACCGUUCAGCAGAUUGCAGCCAUUGGUGCCUUCCUGGACUGCCAGACACUUGGAACCAACUCUUUUACACAACUUUGCUCUUCUGAUUUUUAUUUUAUUUGCAAUCUAGUUAAUUAACAUGUUAUUUAGGUUUUAUUUUAUGUUGUGAUACAUUUAUGAUGAGAGAGUGCGAAAUUUGCAGCUCUAUCUUGUAAAAGUGAUGCAAAUACAUUGUUAGUGUUAGUGGAGAGAUUUUUCAGUGCGUCGGAAAUACGGUCUGAUACAUUAAGUGUAGUAAUACAAUUGGUUGAAAAUUUGAAAAGAAAUGUUUCUAACUAAUUGUAUUAAUA